AAGGGCAAGGUGCUCGUGCUCUUCGGCGCCGACUGGGACGAGCCGUCGCAGCAGCUGAACCAGCUCUUCGCCGAGCUCGCGCGCCUCAAGAAGCACCCGUCCGUGACCCUCGCGUCCGCCGACGCCGAGGAGUGCGAGGCGCUCGCGGAGAAGUUCGGCGUCGAGGCCGUGCCGACGCUCGUCACGUUGAAAGGCGGCGAGGUCGCCGGCAAGGCCGAGGGCGUCGACGCCGCGGCGGCGGCCGCCGCGGUCGAGGCGUUAGACAAGGAAAAGGUGGCGACCAUGGACGCCGACGAGGCCGCGGCCGUCGCCAAAGUCCAGCUCGAGCAGCGCAUGAAGCAGCUCAUCUUCUCGAGCCCCGCGAUGCUCUUCAUGAAGGGGUCGCCCGAGGCGCCGCGCUGCGGCUUCUCGCGCAAGGUCUGCGAGCUGCUCCAGGGCGCGAACGUGCCCUUCGCCACCUUCGACAUCCUGCUGCCGGAGAACCAGGACGUGCGCCAGGGUUUGAAGACCUACAGCGACUGGCCGACGUACCCGCAGUUCUACGCGAACGGCGACCUCGUGGGCGGCCUGGAUAUUCUUCAGGAGAUGGCCGCGGACGGCGACCUGCUGGGCCAGCUCGAGCUCCAGGACCCGGAGGCGGAGGCCGCGCUCGAGGACCCGGAGGCGGCGCUGAACGCGCGGCUGAAGGCGCUGGUCAACCAGGCCAAGGCCGUGCUCUUCAUGAAGGGCACGCCGGGCAACGAGAAAUGCGGCUUCUCCAAGACAAUCGUCGCGCUGCUGCGGGACAACGGCGUCGAGUUCGACGCGUUCGACAUCCUCACGGACGACGACGUCCGCCAGGGCCUCAAGAAGUACUCCGACUGGCCGACCUUCCCCCAGUUCUACGUCGACGGCGAGCUCCUCGGCGGCCUCGACAUCCUCCAGGAGAUGGCCGCCGAGGAGGGCGGG